CUGUAUGCGAAUUGGAGUGGGUCUAGGGUUUCCGGCAUGAUGGUGUUGAUGUGAGCCAUGACCAGCCUUUCAAAGCACUUCAUGGCUACAGACGUGAGUGCUACGGGUCGGUAGUCAUUUAGGCAGGUUACCUUAGUGCUCUUGGGCACAGGGACUAUGGUGGUCUGCUUGAAACAUGUAGGUAUUACAGACUCGGUCAGGGACAGGUUGAAAAUGUCAGUGAAGACACUUGCCAGUUGGUCAGCACAUGCUCGGAGUACACGUCCUGGUAAUCCGUCUGGCCCUGCGGCCUUGUGAAUGUUGACCUGUUUACCUGUUCGGUUUCGAUUAUUUGGGUUGAAUGGUGCAACAACACAGAAUAAAAUAAUUAAUAAAAGCCCCAUGAUGGUAGUGACUGUCCAUUACUGCUUAUCACUUAUUAAGCCCAGAAAAGUAGAUGCACAAUUGAUUAUGGUGCUUAAUUACCACAUUUUAUGCACUGAACUAAUGUAGAAUAUUGGCAUGUUGGAAACUACAACUCCCUACUACAUCGCACGGUUCAGACUGGAUCUGAUUUAUCUCUAGAGAAACUGCGCAAUGUACACAUCGAGCUCACAGAACAAAACCGAACUAAAUGGAAUUCAAUAGCUGGUAACAUAACAGACAUUUUGGUUAAUCGCUCAGCACUAAAAAACAUAUAUGUUCCAUUCUCAUCAUCAGCAAAACGUACUCUAUCCUCUAUCUUGUUAAGUGUCCGGUGUGUAUGACAUGAGCCAUCCCCAGCUCGGAUAGAAAGUUGUUGUGUGUAAAACCAGUCUAUUAAUGCCAAAUAAUACAGUCAGUCCACCCUCAAAACACUAUCUUACUAGGGAUUGUUUCGUUGUGCAGUGUACUAUUUAUAGCUACAUACGGUAUUUAGCUGCUAUUUAUACACUUUUUCUAAAAAAUUACACAUCAAAUAGCCUAACAAUGAGAAAAGAAGUAGUCAGCCUGAGGAUCAAUUCAGCCACUACUUAUUGUUGAACUCAGUGGGUUUUGUCUGGCUAAUAGCAUCCACUAAUGGCCUGAAAUAUUCAACGUCAAUUCAAUUCAAUCAAAUUCAAUCCAACUUGAGAGACUCCCCUGGUCUCCUGAAGGCCACCUUUUUUGUGUGCAAAUGAUUCACCAUGGACUGUUUUCUAUACUGAGUAUUGCGAACCCAGACAGUCUUUCCUGAGACGUUGUGCAUUAUACUGUAUGCCCAUUGCUCUUCACACAUUUAAACUCAGUCUUGAAGGAUGCAUGCCAAGAUAUACCAGAGAUAAACGACUGUUGAAAUUGCGACCACACAACUCAAACACCGGUUCACCAGUAUGAAUGAAAUCGCAAACCGCUUUUUUUGGUUCAAGCCUUCAAGAACUGUUGUCCACCAAAGAUGAUCAUCUGUUUGCAUCAGUAUCCAGAUGACCUGUCCCCAGAGCUUCCUAUACACUUCAUCUCUUUCCGUAACAUGCUGAGGCCGGCAAUUAAGAAGAACGAGUGGUUUAAUUAAAGAUGUUACGGAACUGCUGUAUUUGAAGCAUUAGGCUCUCGGUCUGACAAGCACUUUUGAACAUCUGAGUGAGCUCCACUUAUUGCACAUGCGCCGUCGUACCCUUGACCGAUAUUUGUUCACCGAUAUCCCCUUAUACUUUCAAUCAUAGAAAAAGGUCUAAGGCACUUUUUCAGUCACAUUACUGACACCCAAGAAACAAACACUUAGCUUCCUAGUACAUAUUGACAUAAAAAAGGUAUAUUAAUUACUUUUUAAAGUGUUACUGUCAAAAUGAUUGAUUAAAUAAAUAAAAAAUAGACAUCGAUUGCAGGCACAUGGGCCCCCAGAGCUCGUGUGCCCCCCUCCCCCCACCCCUUUUGGUGGGGAGUGUGUGUGUGUGUGAGAGAGAGAGAGAUGGUGGAAAGCGAGUGAGGGAGGUUUUAGGGCAGGACGCAGGUGUGUGCCCUCUUCUCUCUCUCUCUCUCUCUCUCUGUCUCUUUAUGCAGCAAAGCCACUGAUGGUGAAAGGAUGACUUCUCCCUGGAGCAGGACCCUGGCCACAUCCAUCCCCAAAGGGAGCAGCUAGAUCAUACUUCUGGUCCCUCCAUCCCUCUCCCACCACCAUGCCGGCCAUAGUGAACCUGCUCUUCAAUACGGUGUCUACCAACACCACCAUCUCCUUCUCCCUGGUGCUGCCUCUGGUCAGCGUCCUCUCCCUCCUGGUGGGGGUCGGAGGUCACCUACUCAUGUGGCUGGUGCUGAUGCGUAACCCUCGUCGACGCUCCAAACCUAGCUCCGUGCUGCUCCUCAACUUGAGCCUGGCUGACAUGGGAGCCCUGCUCACCCUGCCCUGCGUCCUACUCAGCGCCAGCUCCCAGGACUGGCAGCUAGGGGGCGGUAUCUGUGUGCUGCUGGGCUUCAUGACCUCCCUGACGGCCGGAGUGGAUAUAUUUAGUCUGGCAGCCUUGUCGGUGCUCAGGUACCGCAUAGUGGCCCCACCUGCUAGACCGCCCGCCAGUCCCACACAAGUAGCCGGCAUCGUGGCAGUGAUCUGGUUAGUCUCUGUCACCAUGGCCCUUCCCAAGGUCACAUACAUCCAGUUUGACAGUGGCUGUACAUGGUCUGUGGGGCGUGGCCAGUGGCUGGGCUUCCUGGUGCCAGCCUUCCUGGUCUACUACGUGGCUCCGCUCCUCUGCAUUGCCCUCAACUGUGGCCUCAUCAUCACCCAUCUCCACCGCUGCCGGGGUACGCUGGCCGCAGACCGCCGCAACAAGAAGGCCACGGCGCUCCUGAUUGGCUCCACACUGGUCUUCGCCAUCAGCUGGCUGCCCUACUACGCCCUGGAGUUUGUCAAUGUCAUGUCCCCUUACGUCAGCUUCGUUGCCUCGCCUAUCAGUCAACAACCCUCCUCCUCCCUCAACUCGUCCGCGUCCCUGUCCCCACCCACAGAGGGGGACACGGAGGUGUCUCUCCUCUGGGAGGUGGCAUCCCUGUCGGCCAUCUUGUUGGUGUGUUUGGCGCCCUGCUGGAACCCGCCCCUCUACUUCCUGUUGUCUCGCCCGGCGGUGCGUCAGCUCCGUGCCCUCCUGCUGUCGCUGAGGAAAUGCUUGGGAAGCCUGCGACCACCUAUCACCCCCGCGCCACCACAACGUUUUCCUCACCUCCGCCCUCUUCCUACUUUGUAACUACACACCACACCUUGCCACUCAGGCUGAUCCAGUGAGAUGAACACGCACGCACAAACGCACACACGCAAUUAUUCAACAGAUUGUGAUUACAUACACUCAGUGUACAAAACAUUAGGAACACCUGCUCUUUCCAUGACAUAGACUGACCAGGUGAAUCGAGGUGAAAGUUAUGGUCCCUUAUUGAUGUCACUUGUCAAAUCCACUUCAGUCAGUGUAGAAGGGGAAUGGGAGGAGACAGGUUAAAGCGUCAUAAAUGUGAAGGUGUGUCAUAAAAGCAGAGGCUUAGAAUCUCACAAUCUUAGGUUUCGCCUUGCAAGUGUCAUUUAGCAACUCAUACUCCUCACACAUAGAGGAAUCAAAUCAAAUCAAAUUGUAUUGGUAUCAUACAAAUGGUUAGCAGAUGUUUAAUGUGAGUGUAGAGAAAUGCUUGUGCGUCUAGUUCCGACAGUGUAGUAAUAUCUAACAAGUGAUCUAACAAGGAGAGACUAGGUGGGGGGCUGGCAGAGAGACGGAGAGGAUAAGAAAAGGAAGAGAGCAUAUCCAAGACUCAGAUUCAAGGGUCCUGAUCAAGUGGCAUGUGUGUGUGUGUGUGUGUGUGUGUGUGUGUGUGUGUGUGUGUGUGUGUGUGUGUGUGUGUGUGUGUGUGUGUGUGUGUGUGUGUGUGUGUGUGUGUGUGUGUGUGUGUGUGUGUGUGUGGAAAGAAUUACAUUAAUGAAGGCAAAAGGGGGUGAAAUAUUGUUAGUGUUUCUCCCACAGAGAAAACAACAACAUGAUUGACAGGUGAGACCCAUUUAUGCCAUCAGUAAUUGAACAACAUGGUUAAUAUUCUAAACAUGCCUCCCAAAUAGGGGAGAGUGAGGUAUGUUGAGCCAUUUUUUACACUCAGCAUCACUACAUCAAUGGAAAUGUAGUAUUCCUUCAACAACAAAAAAUACCUACAUAUAUUUCAGAAUGUUGUCUAUCCCUGGAAAUAAUCAUGUACACAUAACAGUUUUAAAAACAUAGCUUGCCCCAAAACUAGGGACAGGGUAAGCCUUGGGGUAAGUGGGUGAUGUUGUCUUGUGACAGUGGGUGGUAGUGGUAGGCCUGGUAAGUUUCAUUCUUGGAAUGAGGGUGUGGUAUAUUGUAUAUCUUAAACGUACGCCUACAUUCAGAUAUAGAUGUCUCUGUUCAAUAUCACUUACUCUCCCAUAUCUUUUCCAGUUGUCUGGGACAGGGAUGAUGUUUCGAUGUGCCAAUUCGUAGGCAUAUUCUCUGCAUUUGAGACUACUAAGCCCAUGAAACUGGUGUGCAAAAUACUCCAUACGUUUAAGCAAUCUCAGACUCCAGGUCAUCAGAUAAGACCUUGUGUGCUACUCUAUCGUAGCCUCUCUUUCGAAGAGGUAUAUGUUUGUUUUCUUUCUACAGUACCUCUUCCGUGCGUGCAAUGAUGUCCGAACAGUGUUUUUUUGCAGUAACUUCUUUGUGGUUGUAAUAUUGCAAACGGCCGCGGCGGUUUCAGAACGAAGGACGUCGUCUUCAAUUGCAUGCUGUGCAUAAUCUUAAGGGGAAAAUAUUGUGUUUAAAUUUACAGUAUAAGAGUGAAGAGCUAUGAAUCCAGUGUUCAUGUGACUGUUCAAUACGUAAACAAAAGGAAAAAUAAAAUGUGCCUUUGAAUGUAUUAUUGACUAAAUAAACUAUUCUAAAUCUG